AUGGCGGAGGCGUCGUUCGAUCACCGGCAGCAGUACCACCACGCGGGGGGGGUGGCGAAGGAGACGGCGGUGCAGGCGCUGAACAGCAUCAUACAGCUGCAUUUCGAGAAGACGCUGGAGAAGAAGCGGGGGGUGGACGCGCAGAAGAAGGAGCUGUGGAAGCUCUUCCAAGUGUUCUUCCUCUUCCUGGCGGUGGUCUUCUCGGCGCAGGUGCAGGCGCCGCCGGGCCGGCUGCAGUGCCGCCACUGCUGGGCGCCCAUCGCGCUGCUCUCCCUCGGCCACCUCGUCUACUACGUCGCCGUGGCCCAGACACUGCGCUGCAUCAACGGGCUCAAGUACCAGCGGCGCUGCCACAAGCUCACCCUGGCCCUGGCCACGGACCGCCUCAAGCAGCUCAAGAUGCGGGUAGGCCACGGGAACAGUGCCCAGAUGGAGGAGGGCGAGGAGGAGCUCCUCGAGGUGCACUACCAGGAGCCCCCUGAGAGCUACCUCGGCAAGUUCAAGAGGAACUGGGCCCUCCAUUUCGGCUUCCUCCUCUGCACCUUCGCCGUCGCCGUCUCCUCCUCCGUCGUUAUCCUCUGCUUCUAA